AUGCAGUGCUAUACAGAGCUUUUACCCCCAACGGGCGUUACCCAUGCACUUGCCCUGCCUUUCCUAUCAUCAACUGCUAGCAAUUUGAUUGUUGUGCGAUCGUCCCUGUUGCAGGUGUUUUCCCUGCUCAAGCCUUCAUCGGAGAGCACUGAGACCCACUCGGCAUCUUUCUAUCCAUCUGAGCCGAAACUGGUCCUGGAAAAGGAGUACAACCUUCCAGGAACUGUGACAGACCUGAGUCGAGUGAAGAUCUUGAAUUCCAAGAGUGGCGGAGAGGCCAUCCUGCUGGCUGUUCGAAAUGCCAAGCUCAGUCUGAUUGAGUGGGACCCAAAGCGCUACAAUCUUUCAACCGUCUCUAUCCAUUAUUAUGAACGAGAUGACCUGACCCGCAGCCCCUGGGUACCAGACCUGAGUCGAUGUGGCAGUAGUCUUAGUGUGGACCCCAGCAGCCGGUGUGCGGUCUUCAAUUUCGGGGUUCGUAACUUGGCCAUUUUACCUUUCCACCAGGCAGGGGAUGACCUUGUGAUGGACGACUACGACUCUGAACUGGACGGCGAGCGGCCUACUCAAGCACCGGAUGGGGCAACAGACAUGGAGAAGAGCCAGGGUGGCUCUGCUCAUCCCACACCUUACGCUGCAUCGUUCGUUCUACCACUGACAGCCCUGGACCCGUCAUUGUUGCACCCUGUUAGCUUGGCAUUUCUCUACGAAUACAGAGAGCCAACAUUUGGAAUUUUAUAUUCUCAAAUUGCAACCUCCAAUGCCCUUGUUCACGAGAGAAAAGAUGUGAUGUUCUACACUGUUUUUACGUUAGACUUAGAGCAACGAGCAUCGACAACUCUCCUCUCAGUCUCUCGGCUUCCCAGUGACCUAUUCAAGGUUGUAGCACUGCCGCCUCCUGUGGGAGGCGCUCUGCUUAUCGGUUCCAAUGAAAUUGUGCAUGUGGAUCAAGCCGGUAAAACAAACGCAGUUGGGGUCAACGAAUUCUCUCGUCAAGUGUCCGCAUUUUCCAUGAGUGACCAAUCCGACUUGGCCUUUCGCCUGGAGGGUUGCGUUGUGGAACGACUCGGUGGCGGCAGUGGUGACCUUCUUCUUGCGCUUGCCUCGGGUGAUUUGGCCCUGAUAAAAUUCAAACUGGAUGGUCGAUCUGUAUCGGGUAUGUCAAUCCAUGCGUUACCAGCUCAAGCAGGCGGGGGUAUUUUAAAAUCGGCUGCCUCUUGCUCUACCUGCUUCAAUGAUGGAAAUGUCUUCAUUGGUAGCGAAGAUGCGGACUCAGUGCUUCUUGGAUGGUCCCAUACGACUUCUAGCAAAAAACCACGUCUAGAAUCGAAGCCAACUACCGAUAGCCUAGAUGAAUCGUCAGACGAGGAUCAAAUGGAAGAUGAUGGGUACGAAGAUGACCUCUACUCUUCGGUGCCUGAGCGAACCCAAACCGACACGCGCCCAGCUUCGGAGACUUCAACGCCAGGUUUUUAUCAUUUCCAACUACAUGAUCGACUCCCUAGCAUCGGCCCUCUGCGGGAUGUCACUCUGGGCCAAGCUAGCUCAGUGCCAAAUGACUCGGAUGUGUCCGCCAUUGAAGAGGCUUCGGCCACACUAGAGCUGGUUGCAUCACAAGGCUCUGGCAAGAGUGGUGGGCUUGUUGUAAUCAAAAGGGAGAUUGAUCCUUUGACGACAAUGUCCAUGAGUCUUGAUGCUGCCGAUGGAGUAUGGUCGGCCACCAUGUCUCAAAGCAAAGAAAGCUCUUCGCACGUGGGCGAUUCAAAUGGAGCAAUUUCCUGUCAAUAUAUGAUCGUCUCACGGAUUACUGAUACAGACAAAGAGGUAUCAGAGGUUUUCAAGGUAGAGGAAGCAGCCUGGAAACCUCUCAAGGCACCAGACUUCAAUCCGAGUGAGGAUAUUACUAUCGAAAUUGGGCUUUUAGCCGAGGAAUCUCGUCUUGUACAGGUUUUGCGAAAUGAAGUCAGGAUUUAUGACCGAGAUUUGGGGCUAGCGCAAAUUUAUCCCAUUUGGGACGAGGACACCGAUGAAGAGCGUACUGCCGUGAGCGCAAGCUUUGCCGAUCCUUACGUGGCUAUAUUACGUGACGAUUCUUCGCUUUUACUGCUUCAGACAGAUGCCAGCGGUGAUCUUGAAGAGGUGUCUCUCCCAGAUGAAAUGACCAUGUUAAAGUGGCAUACGGGCUGCCUUUAUCAUGACAGACACCAAUCAUUCGGCGCUCUCCACUCAAAAUCAAGCGUUGCAGCUGAACAAAGUAUUCUUCUAUUCUUGUUAAACGCCGAACAUAAGCUCUCGAUAUUCAACGUCUCGGACAUGAAACUACUGUCAGUCAUUGACGGCCUUGACUGCUUGCAACCUGUGCUAUCAACAGAUCCACCUCGAAGAUCAAGUGCGCGAGAGCCGCUGAAAGAAGUCCUAGUAGCUGAUCUCGGUGAUUCCUCAUUUGUCCAACCAUACCUAAUUCUUCGAACCGAUAACGACGACUUGAUUGUGUACAAGCCAGUCUUCAUCCCGUCCGAGGCCGAGAGCGAACAACCAAAACGUCUUCAAUUUUUUCGUGAAGGCCACCAUACCCUUUCUAAGCUUGUCCCAAUUGAAUCACAGACCGAAACCGAAAUAUCCUCACGCAGAAGACCAUUACGGGCCCUGCGGAAUGUCUCAGGGCUUAGUACUGUGUUUAUGCCUGGUGACUCAGGUAGAUUUGUCGUAAAAACCGCGAAAAGCUCCCCCCACGUGGUUCGCCUUCGUGGUGAAUUCACACGAUGGCUCAGUGGGUUUGAUUCGCCGGUGACUGGCUGUGGUAACGGCUUCGUCUAUGUGGAUGCCGAGCAUACCAUCCGAGCGUGUCAAAUCCCCCCAGAAACCCAACUUGACCAUUCCUGGGUCUUGCGCAAAGUCUCGUUGGAAGAACAAGUGGACUUCUUGACUUAUUCAACAGCAUCUGAGACCUAUGUUCUGGGCACCAGCUCCAGCGUGGGAUUCAAAUUGCCUGAAAAUGAUGAGCUGCACCCUGAAUGGCGCGACGAAGCGAAAUCAUUCCUACCUGAAGUUCCCCAGAGCUUCGUCAAGAUCAUAAGUCCGAAAACCUGGGAAGUUAUCGAUAGUUACCCCUUGGAGCCCGCUGAGCAUGUGACAGCGGUGAAGAACGUGAAUCUAGAGGUGUCAGAGAACACACAUGAGCGUAAAGAUCUGAUCGUUGUAGGAACGGCUAUCACCAAGGGCGAAGACAUUCCAGCCCGUGGCUGCAUCUAUGUAUUCGACGUGAUUGAGGUGGUUCCAGAGCCUGGUAAACCAGAGACGGGCCGCAAACUCAAACUCAUUGGCAAGGAGGUCGUCAAAGGUGCAGUGACCGCGCUGUCCGGCAUUGGCGGCCAGGGCUUUGUGAUCGUGGCUCAAGGGCAAAAAUGCAUGGUCAGGGGGCUUAAAGAGGACGGAAGUCUCCUUCCCGUGGCGUUCAUGGAUAUGCAAUGCUACGUCAAUGUUGCAAAAGAACUCAAGGGUACAGGCAUGGUCAUCUUGGGUGAUGCAAUCAAGGGUCUUUGGUUUGCAGGCUAUUCGGAAGAGCCUUACAAAAUGACUCUUUUCGGCAAAGAUCCCGACUAUCUGGAAGUCGCGGCUGCAGAUUUCCUGCCGGAUGGAAAUAAGCUCUACAUUUUGGUGGCAGACAGUGAUUGCAACCUGCACGUGCUGCAGUAUGACCCUGAAGACCCAAAGUCAUCCAAUGGAGAUCGACUACUCAACAGGAGCAAGUUCUAUACAGGUAACUUUGCCUCAACGGUCACCCUGUUGCCCCGCACGGCGGUGUCGUCUGAACUUAUGGAGUCAACGGCGGAUGAGAUGGACGUGGACCAGGCCAUUUCGACUCACAACGUCCUAAUUGCAUCACAAAAUGGAUCCUUAGCCCUGGUGACGACCGUCACGGAAGAAUCAUAUCGUCGCCUGUCUGCUUUGCAAUCUCAGUUGACCAAUACAAUUGAACAUCCCGGUGGAUUGAACCCUCGCGCCUUCCGAGCGGUUGAGAGUGAUGGUGCCUCUGGUCGAGGAAUGGUUGAUGGAACUUUGCUUCGGCAGUGGCUGAGUCUGGGCAAACAGCGCCAGGCGGAUUUCGCGGGCCGAGUCGGCGCGACGGAGUGGGAAAUCCGGGCCGAUCUAGAAGCCAUUGGUGGAGAUGGACUAGGGUAUCUAUGA